AGACGCUCUCUCGGCAGGGGGAGGAAAGCCUCGGAGCGCAUGCAACGGAUCGCAGCACUGCGUCAAGUGGAUUCACGCGCCAGCUAGUUUUCUUCCAGCAGCCUUCAGGUGUGCCUCGGCGGUCGUGGCUACAGUCGGCACUACGCCUGUACGUGAUUUUUCGCCGUCGUUUCGACGUUUCGCAAACGAAUCUCGUGCUCUCCACGCGGGAACGAACUUACCUUCGCCUUCCGCGGCUGAUUCGCGUUCGGUUUGUGUGUUUGUUGUAGUUUUGUUUUUUUCUGUUCACUCUUCUCUCGCACCAGACGCUGUGUGAAAGUGAUGCGUUUAGGAAAGUGACGGCGCAAUCAAAUAUGUGCAAAUUGGGCUCCCAUGGUGUUGGCCCGUGCGUAUCACGCAAACGAGCGCUGAAGAAUGCAUGCUAGUGCAGGGGAGUGAGUGUGUUGCGUGCUGUUUGCGCAAAGUUCAGUUCAGAUUUGGCUAACGUUUCGAAACUGUGUCGUUUUGUGCAGAAGUGCGCCCUAGUGCUUUCAUGAUAGUGGAUUGAUCGCGGAAGCUUUCAAAAGUUUAGCAGCAAACAGUGAAAUCUCAUUUUUCGCCACACAGAGUGACGAUAUUGUGAACGGUGUGAACGGUGUGAGCGUCUGCAGUGUCGUCCUGCUAUUUGUCUUGUGUGUGUGCGUGCUAGUGUAAACCUAAAUUUAACGAUGAUCAUGUCAAGUACCGGUGGUGACACGGGCAGCCGCGAGUGAUCGAUUUCUAGCUCGACGUUCGAAAAGUUUCAUAGCUUGUACGUUCAGCGCAUCCCCGGGAUCGCAGCGGCAUCACCAUGGACUCCAAGGCCGAGGUCCGCUCGAAGCCGAUCCUGAGUCCGACGCGCUCGCUGGACGAAGGCUUCGAGAGCGACCCGGACCGCAUCUCGACCGACUCGGAACUGGCGACGGCCCAAACGACGCCGGCCUUCGAUGUGCUGCAGCGUACCGAUCGCGAUGGGGUGCAGCACACGCAGAUCGCACGGCGCACCUCGCCCACCACCACGCAGGACUCGCAGGGCUCGAAGGACAGUGGCCCAGAAAGUAUCCUCUGCCUGGAGGGUGAAAUCGAAAAGGAACUUCGCACCAAGCUCGAGAAAACGACCCUCGGCCGGCCGCCGACCGGACUGCCGAAGCCGAACACCGCCACCGGUGGACAGCAGCUGCGGUACCGGCGAAUAAAGACGCGCGCGCCACCGCCCCCAAUCGGUUCCUACUACUACCAGAAGCGUUCGGCAUCGGUUGACAGUGUGAACCGGGCGGGCGGUGCCCACCACGGCCCCAGCAGCCUGUACAAUCUUAGUCUCGAACCGGGCAGCACGGCGAACCUGCACCUCGAUCUGGCGUCGGGCCCGGUGAGCGUAGGGCCACCCGGCACCCAGACGGGGCACGACGUCCUGGCCGGCCGGUUCGUGCGCGUCACCGUCGAUGCGCGCCACCAUCAGCCACCCGCCUCGCUGAACCAGUACCGGCUGGCAUCGCUUUCGACGAACAACAUCUACAAAUAUUGUCACGCACCGGCGCCAAUGACCGGCCACUACCAUCAUCUGCACCAGCAGCAGCAACAGCAGCAACCCCUCCCGCAUCAUCCGCUGCAUCCGCUGUCCCAUCAUCACCAUCAUCAUCCCUUGCAUCAUCACCAUCACCAGACGCAGCACCAGCAGCAGCAGCAGCUGCAGCAACACACCAGCAUGCACCAUGGGCACCACCAUCUCAGCUACAUACCGACCUCGGUUGCAUCGGGCGGCGGCGCGGUCGGCAGCGGUGGCAGCAAUCGCAACAAUUUAUACUCAUUACCACCCCAGUACGGAUUAGGCGCGGCCGGGAUGGGUUCUGGGCUGAAUCAGUCCACCGCUGCUGCUGCUGCUGCGGCGGCCUCCUCGAUCGCACCGUCACCGAUCGCGCCGUCCCAUCCGCAGCCGGGCGCAACCGGAUCCGUCGCGAUGUCGGGCGUCGGUCCUGCGGCCGGCUCGGCGGUCCGGAAUUAUCAACAUUUCAAUCAUGUUCCAGUUUGCUGGACUCAAUCCAUACCCAGACAAACGCGAAGAUACAUCACUCCGACGACGCUGCCGCAGGUGAUUGCACCAUCGAACAAAUCCACCAGCACCGGCAUAUCGCAGAAGCUGCGCGACCUGGCGACCUCGGCCGGUUUGCUCACUGCCAAACCGCGGCCACCGCUGAAACCGGUCAUCAAGACGCGCGGCUCCAACAGUACCGAGUUCCCGAAAAAAGUCACAUUCAGUGCUUUUGCAACCGUGCAGGUUGUUUGAGAGGACACGCGGAGGCGCGAAGGGAAGGGAGCAAGACAAGGGGACAUCCGCCCCGGAUCAGCACACACACACACUCCAGCACAUCAUCGUCACCGUCAUCCGGCACCAGCACUGGCGUAUCUCAUCCCGAGGACUCGGCCCGAAACAACCCACAGAACGGAAUAUCAACUAUUUCUACCGCAGUGUGCCAGCGCACCAUGGAAAUAGUUUCGUUAUUCUGCACCCCCAAAAACCGACCCGCAGCCCGCAGACCACACAACGAAAUGAAAAAAAAAAACCAAAAGAUGUAUAGCCAAACGCUCUGUGUGUGAGAGUUGGACUAGAUGGACAUGCAUCCUGUGCGUAGUGACGAAAAGACUGUUUUUUUUUUGUUGUUUUUGCCUCCUCUAACAUACUCUCACACAUCCUACGUGUGUUUGACGUUUUGCUAUUAGUAAGCGUGAUGUGGCUGGUAGUGAAACAGGCCAGAGAACACCAGCGCAAAGUCUGCACCUAACUCGAUCGCAAAUCGAUCGCGGUAGAUGCGUGCCGCGCAUGUUUGGCUCCUUCGGGACCGACGCGUUACAUCACGCGCUAACCUAGACGGGCAGCGUACCCUUUCAGACCGGACUGGCUCGCUGCAUGGCACUAUCAGCAGCAGGUUACACGGUGCAAUCGAUCGUUCGAUCGCGUUUCGCGCCACUUGUGUAGCAAUUUGUGAUGUGUUGUUUUUUUAUUCCACUACUCUCCUCUUACCGAGCUUCUCUCGGUUGCCCCGUAGACCUUUUUUCUUCCUAAUUUGUCCCAGUCUGCAGCUAAUCUUCAACAUACUGUUCGGCGGUGAAGAAUGUAGUGUAGCACCAACAACAACAGCAACAGCAACAAAAAACUGAACCAAUGAAACAAUCGACGAAAAAGUAAAGGCAUAAAAUUAGCUGAGAUUGCGAGCAGGCAAGCGGCACUUGGGUAGUGAUCUAAUCUAUGGCAAACGUUGUAAAUCGUAGCCGUUACACUGGCUCAUGUUGAUGUGUGUGUGUGUGUGUUUUCUUUUCUCGUUUUUACAUCGUGAAAGAUAUGAGAUACCUUCUUCGUGUAAAUGAACAGUUUUUUUUUGUUACACACAAAAAACAAUCUCCAGCCAAAAGCCAUCAAACUAUUCGACAUCUUUGCGUUGGUUUAGCAAGCGAAGCGCUUGCGUACAAUUAGUCCAAAUAAAACGCACCAACCAAUGCACCGCAACCAGCAGCAUCUAGUCGGCACACGGGCUAGGCAAAGUUAGUAGGACAACAAUUUUGCACAACCAGAUCGAGAUAAGACACAGAAAUCUUGCGACUGGAGCAAAACUCGAGCACUUCCCGCUCGCAAGGCGCUACGCGAGGCGAACAAUUAGAUCAAUUAAAGAUAACAGGAAACUGACGAUCGAUAUUUUUUUUUAUUGGGAAUGCAUGCAUGGCUGGAAAAACGGUGAACUACUCCAACCGAACCAUUUCGAGCGCAUCGCGCGGUCCACGAUGAACAACCAACGGGCAUUGUGAAAUGGAACCAGGUUCACCGAAUACACCGUAACGCAAACAGCGAAGCACAGCGAUUGAUCGAUCACCCAAUUAUUGGAAAUGCGCAUACGCUGGGAUUGGGCAAUUUAUGUGCGUGUGUGAUCUACUGCCCUUAAUGUGGCAGCAUUGUGUCUUGAGACCGUUUCCAACCCAAAGUCAUUUGUCCGUUGUCAUAAAAUCGGAAGCCAUCGAAAGUAGAAUCGAGAGGACAGAUUGUUUGAUGAGGUUGUAAAAGUGUGACAACUCUUCUCACGCAGCAGUUGUGACACACACAUUGAAAUAGCGCUCCGAGAAAGCUGAUGCGUCUUAAGGUCUUACAGUAAAGCGGGGCUUGAGAUUUGAGUACAGUUUUUAUCGUAAAAUGUUCUAAAUAAGGUUGAAACUCACAUUCCAUAAUGCAUCUGAAUGCACACUCCUCCAAAGCAUCACCACACAUUCGCAUGGUCGCUAUAUACGAGCUGCUGCUACUCAAAAUAAAUAAAAAACACAACGAUUUGCAACAUAAUUAGCUUUAAAUCGUCGUUUAAAUUAGAUGCCGCAAUCAUCCUCAGCUAGAUGUGUUUUCCCAGCAACUCACCCAUUACCAAACUGAUUCCGAUAGGUAGAAGCGCAAAAGAAAAAAAAACACAAAAGUGAACUAAUUCCAACACAAACCAAGCAAACGGGUGAAUUCCAAAAAAAAAAAACAAUCAAAUAACGAACACACAGCGCAAAGCAUACGCAUUGCACAGCGUACAAACUCGGGCGAGGGUGAAGCAAUAGCGAUAGUGGGCCAAGCAAAAGGAAGUGAAGCCGACGAUUAAAACCCUAUUAUCUCUCACGGUUUUAUUUUAUGUAAAUACUAAUCUACACUAAGCAGAAGAUAACCGUUUGAUAAUCGUGCGCAGUGGGAGUCGAGGCGCCCGAGGGCACGGCUCAAAGCCGUUUGCCGUCUGCCGCCUUUCCCAUGUGUGUGUGUAGCUGUGUAGUAGAAGUUAGCAGAAGCGGCUUCCGAUUCCGUGUAUUAACACUGUCUGUAAAAAAAAAAAACAAAACAAAAACUAAGCAGCAGUUCACUUACGUGAGCGUAUUUGAAAUAAAACUGAAAAUAUUUCAAGUGGCUACAACUGAA